AUGGACCAGCAACUCCAUCCCGUCAAGAACAAGCUUGACGAGUGCGGUGCCACGACUGAGGAGCACGUUGGAAUCAACACUUCUUUCGAACCAUAUGGUCCUUCCGGAUUCCGCGGUCUCUUCUCAUCUCCCUACGUCGCUGCCUGCGCUGCCUUUUCGGCAAUCGGUGGACUUCUCUUUGGCUAUGAUCAAGGCGUCAUUUCCGUGACGCUUGUAAUGGAUCAUUUCCUCGAUCGAUUCCCCGAAGUGUCGGAUGAUGCUCCUGGCGCGGGCUUCAAAAAGGGCCUCAUGACCGCCAUGAUCACGCUCGGGGCAUUUAUAGGUGCCAUCAACCAGGGUUGGAUCUCUGACUGGAUAUCCAGAAAGCGUUCCCUGAUGGUUGCUGUUGUGGUAUUCACGAUUGGAUCAACUCUCCAGACCGCGGCUAUCAACUAUGCAAUGCUAGUUGUAGGACGCUUCAUCGGUGGUAUUGGUAUUGGACAGCUAUCCAUGGUGGUGCCUCUCUACAUUGCAGAGAUUUCUCCACCUGAGAUCCGGGGUGCUUUACUCGUCUUCGAAGAACUGUCGAUUGUUAUAGGAAUUGUUGUUGCAUUCUGGAUAACUUACGGGACAAAGGGAAUUCCCAGCCACUGGUCUUGGCAGCUUCCGUUCCUCCUUCAAAUCCUCCCCGGCCUGCUAUUGGGAUUCGGCGCUAUUUUUCUACCAUACUCCCCUCGAUGGCUCGCCUCUAAAGACCGCGAGGCAGAAGCCUUAUCCAGCCUCGCCAAGCUUCGCGCCUUUCCCGAAUCCGACCCACGAGUUCAAAGCGAAUGGAUGGACAUUAUCGCCGAGGCCCGAUUCCAAGCAAGUGUUCUCCGCGAACGACACCCUGAUCUCACUCAAAGGACAGACCUGGUUGGAAAGAUGCGACUUGAGUUUGUCAGCUGGGGAGAUUGCUUCAAGUCAGGCUGCAGACGUCGAACUCUUGUUGGUGCAGGCCUUAUGUUCUUCCAGCAGUUCACUGGAAUCAACGCUCUCAUAUAUUAUUCGCCAACACUGUUCGGAACUAUGGGCCUCGACUUUGACAUGCAACUUAUCAUGUCGGGCGUACUCAACGUGACGCAGUUGAUUGGUGUUCUGUCGAGCUUAUGGACCAUGGACCGUUUCGGCCGCCGGGGUAUCCUUCUUUGGGGUAGCUUCCUAAUGUUUGUGCCACAUCUCAUCAUAGCUAUCUUGGUGGGCAAGUUCUCGAAUGACUGGCCCAGUUAUACUGCCGAAGGCUGGACAAGUGUCGCUUUUCUUCUUUUUUACAUGUUUGCCUUUGGUGCCUCUUGGGGCCCUGUUCCUUGGGCCAUGCCAGCAGAAGUCUUUCCAUCAUCUCUCAGAGCAAAGGGCGUGGCAAUCUCCACCUGUUCAAACUGGAUCAACAACUUCAUUAUUGGCCUCAUCACGCCACCUCUUGUUCGCGAAACAGGCUUCGGCGCCUACGUCUUCUUUGCUGUCUUUUGUCUUCUGUCUUUCGCCUGGGUCUGGUUUAGUGUGCCUGAGACUAACGGGAAGUCUCUUGAGGAAAUGGAUAGCGUUUUCAAGGACCGGACUGGAGUGGCAGACAUUGCCAAGAAGGAUCGUAUCCUCACCGAGGUUUACAAUGAGCGACAAAGCCGCUGA